AUCGCUUUUACUCGUCGCUCUUUCCCUCAUUUUGCCUCCAGCCAGCCCCCUGUCCCUCCUUCCCUCCCAGUCGACCUCACUCGCGACCGAUUCGACUGACCUGCUCGACGCACCGGAAAUCCUUCCUUUCUCCCCUUCUCUUUCAGAGAGAUAGCGACCAUAUCCUCCGUCGCCACGAGGACGCAGUCUUUACUUCUUUAUUGCUUGCUCGUUUCGCCCGUUCUUUUCCGGCUUCCAACUGCAUAUUUCUCGCCGGCCCAUGAUCGCAUCCCCACGCGCGUUGCUCCCUCUCAGAACCCCUUCGGCAGUCACGCCUGAGACAUCCGCACCUGCGACGUCCCAUUGCCACAUGGCACUGAGACGAUGGGGUUCUUCAGCUUUUUGAACACCAACAAACGGUCCGCCAGCGAAACUGCCAGCUUGCGUUCCUCAUAUGACCUCAGAGCGCAGCCUUACGAGACGACGGCCAGAGCUCUGCCACCAAUUCGAGGCAACCUGCCUGUCGCUGGAAAUGGCCCAAACACGAUCAGCGACUUGAAACGCGCUGCGCGCAAACGCGCCGAGAUGCAGUCGUCUGCCAAUUCUCUUGGCCAUUCCCGAGCCACGACGUCACAUUCUCACGGCCCCUUCCGCGACGCCCCUGCCCCUGCGCCCAUGGUACCUCGACUGCGGUCCAAGAGCGUGGGACGACCCAACACGGCACCUACGACGCAAAUUGCGCCAUCGUCCUCGCAAAGACCGAAAUCAGCUGGCAGGAACGGCAUUUCAAGCUCACCCUCGCGCAAGCCCUUCAUCGUCCAGAAGACGAGGCCUGGCCCCCCAUACCUUGUCGGCGUGAGCGGCCCUGACGAUGACGAAGACGAACUCCCACCCGUGCCGCCAAUCGCGGCGCAUUAUCAAGCGUCUACGCCUUCGAGUCCGGUGACAUCCAAGGGUCCUGGUUCGGUAAACGGAUCCAUCAUGUCCGGCUCUGCACAAAGUGCUGGUGGCAAGGCAGGAUAUGUAGAUAUCUUGGACGCACAAGGGGCGCUGAGACCUUCAGACUUCAAGUCACGUCUUCGUGCGACGGGAGCGCGUGACUACGGCGAAGAUGUGGCGGAGAGGAACAUGGGCGUCAAUGGCGUAGAUCUCAACAGCCCUCCUGUUGCUGCUUUCUACACCUUGACAGGCGGCGGGCCCCUUGCGUACAAGUCGGACGGUAGUGCCGUCGACGUGCACGGGAACAAGUACGCCGCCGAUGCCAUUCCCGCAAGUCUUACGACCAAAGUGCAGGGUGACGAUGCGGACCAGCCUUCGGCAAUGGCUAAUCAACGACUUCGCGGGCCUGUUUUCCCGGCCCGCACGACCAGCUUACUACCAACUGCAAGGCAUCGGGAGAACACGGCCACUGGUUCACAUGACAAUACCUCCGAGGAUAUCAUGGCUGUGCGGCGCCUGUCGCUACAGAGCGCUUCCCAAGGCACGGCUUCUCAUCCUCAAGCAAAGUCGCGGCCUACCAGCUUGCACCCGGCGCUUUCAUCAGCCAAUUCACAUGGUCGGCCGACCAGCAGCUCCGGACUGGUGACCAGCCUCGCCCCGCCAAGCCGGCCUAGAGAUGCCAAUUCCACAGCUUCCAACAACGCGGAGCAAGAACAAGGGAACCGCCGCCGGUCCCGCAGUACUAAGAGUACACGGACGGUGACUGCUGCCCAACCACGUCAGCGAUUGAUAGAUGGAGAUUCGAGUGACGAGGACAUGAUUUACCCACAUCGACGAAGAAGCGUCUCCUGUUCCUCAAAAAGCGACAGACGUUCAACAAGGCCUGGCAGUGAUGAGACUUUUGACCUGGGCAUCUCCCAGGAGCGCGAGCCUGUGCUCCCCGGCCCACGUACGUUGACAGCCCAAAUCUAAUGAGAACUCGAUACUGACAAACCACAAGGCGCACCAGCUCGGCCCUCGUCGUCUGGAGCGGAUGCUAGCUCUCGAGCUCGAGCUUACAACAAGCCUUUACCACAAACACCUGGGGCCAACCCUCUGCCUCGCUCCACGAAUGCUCCUUCGCACCCCCGGAACCGUUCCACUGGCAGCUCCUCGGUGCGCAACAGAUCCACUGCCCUCGGUGACA